UUUGUUUGGGUUGAGCAAUACUUAUUACACAAUAAUUUGGUCGCGCGACGGCUGACGCCGCUUAUCGCUGCCCCAACAUUCGCCAGUCCCAGACUUAUACCACUAUACCUACUUAUACAUAGCAACCCGGGCUUUGUUUUCUCUCCUACACCCACAUAUCCACACAUACACACACACAAACCCACCCUACUACCUCCCCCCUACCUCCCCUAUAAUCCUCAACUUCUUUCCCUUAUUCCCGCGCCCGUGUUUAGAGGUUUAGAGGAGGAUGGCUACCGAUUUCAUGAUGCCUAGGCUACAUGAACAGCCACAUGCGCAUUUCUACCCUUAUCAAGCGCAACCGCAAAUUACUCCGUCGCAAUCCCCAACCUAUCCGUCCCAGGGUUACCAAUCUCAGCAAAUCUCGCCCUUGAGCACUUCCAACAAUAAUGGCUCGCCAACAUCCCCAAAGCCAUACCAUCGCCAGCGAUUACGACCUCUUUACGUGCCUGCCGUUUUGCGACCGACCGAACACCCAUCUAAGAAAAUGUCGGGAAGUAAAGUAGAAGCGCAUGAUGAUGAGAGUCAACUGUCGUGUAGCAACAGCUUCAUCAGCCUAUCUGGAUUAGGUAUGUUGGGUCGCUUAAGCCGUCGCACGACAGGUGACAGCGGCAAGUGGGUAGAGGGUGAAUGGGAUUUGGAUAUGUUCCCUAUGCCGACGGCGCAACCCACGCGGCAACACUGGAAGCCCGACCCAGAUUCUACCAUUUGCGACGAACCUUCGUGUAUGCGCCACUUCAACUAUUGGACGCGGCGGCACCACUGUCGGAAAUGUGGCAAUAUAUUCUGCGACUGGCACUCCGCGUUUGAUGUUCCUCUUGACCAAGACGCAAACUACAAUCCAAGAGGCACCCCUAGCCGAGCCUGUUCCCAUUGUUUCUCGGAGUUCAAGACAUGGCGCAGCCGGACAAAUAGCCAGGCUUCCAGUGAAGAUUCCAGAGAGUCGCAAACUGCACCUGUGAGCCCUACUGCUUCAACCCCGACGGCAAUUCAAGGGGUACACAACCAACAUCAGGACAUGGCCAUGAGUGUCCCUCGAGACUGGAAUUGGAGCACAUUCUAAGUGACUUCAAGCACGCAAACCAAAUUUUAUCAUUUACUCAUCCAUUCACCCUAAACCACCCGGGCGCUCUUCCCCGACCAAUACCAGUAUCUGUUCAUCUAGAUCAGCCCCCGAUGCGAUCUCAGCAACAGGAUUCCGAUGCACCUAAUUUAU